CCCUGUGUCCUCUUUUUCCAGUCGGAGGCUGCACCACCCUGCGCUUUUCCCUCCUGCGUUUUCCGGGAAAUUUCACAGAGAAGGGUGGACUCCGCCGGAGAUGCCUCGCGGACGCCCCCCCUCCAGACAGGCGGAGAGAAGAGAACGAAACUCGCGAAUGGGCGCGGCCCUCGACGCCAUGCGCCAGUACGGCUUCCCAGAGAGGAUAGUGCGCCAGACCGUUCGAGAGCUGCUCGAGGUUUAUACCGGGGAAUGGCACUUCAUUGAGGUUGAUGCCUACAUGGCCCUCAUUGAAGCACUUCUUGAGAAGCAGGAUCAGCGUGAGACCAAGGAGAUUGAAGCUUCAACAAGCAGUAGACACGAUGGAGACACCUCCACAAUGCUAAUAGCCGGGCCCUCUAGUAGCGGAGUAGUGUUGCCUGAACAUGAAGCUGAAGCUGCCAUGAAUUAUAUUGAGGCCCCUGGAUCUUCUUCACGAGUGGAUGAGGCUAUCCCCCUAGCUUCUGCUUUGCCAACUCUUGAGCUUGAUUGUCCACCAGGAUUUGAAGGAUACAGAAGAUGCUGCAAAGACGCCAGGCGUGAUCAUGACUCCGGUGGAGGGAGACAGGCUUCUGCUUUAAUGAGCAACAGAGAGAGUUCUGACGCUGAGGGUAUCCUUCAAUCUGUUGCGCGCCCACCAGGAUUUGAAGGAUACAGAAGAUGCUGCAAAGACGCCGGGCGCGAUCAUGACUCUGGUGGAGGGAGACAGGCUUCUGCUUUAAUGAGCAAUGGAGAGAGUUCUGACGCUGAGGGUAUCCUUCAAUCUGUUGUGCGCCUCUCGCCUACAUUUGGCUUUGCACCUCAGGUUGUGGCGAACGGUGUUCACCUAAGGAGCCGUAGAUGCUACAAUGGUUUUAUUUGCGGCGAAGAGGAGGCGGAGAUGAUGCAACUAAGGCUGCCGCCCUUGCUGCCUGAGUUCUUAACUAAAUUCGUCAAGCAUGACGGGAAGCAGAGGCCGCGGGGCCAGCGCAAGAGAAGGUGGGACGUGAGGUCGGAGGAUCUGUAGUCCUAUUCCUCUCUGUCUAUCUCUGUCUCUGUCUCUCUCUAUUCAAGACAUCCCUAAUUGGAGAGUAGCUAUGGUCACGAAUUGCUACAGGUCAAAUUCUCUUGAUACUUCACUAGAUGUGUAUGCGGAAAGAAAUGAGAAGAUCGAAUCCCUCUUAUUCAUAUGCCCAAGAGCACAUACAGAAUUUCGUGAUA